AAGAAGUCAUUCGACUCUGUCGCACCUCUCUCUCUCAUCAUGCCUGCGGAAGCACCCCCGGUCAAAGCGGCCAAGAAGGGCUCCAAGAAAGCCGUCGCUAAGAGCGUCAGCAAGACUGGAAAGAAGAGGAGGAAGUCCAGGAAGGAGAGCUACGCCAUCUACGUCUACAAGGUGAUGAAGCAGGUCCACCCCGACACCGGCAUCUCCUCCAAGGCCAUGGGCAUCAUGAACUGCUUCGUGAGCGACAUCUUUGAGCGCAUCGCCGGGGAGGCCUCUCGUCUGGCUCACUACAACAAGCGCCGCACCAUCACCUCCAGGGAGAUCCAGACCGCUGUCCGCCUGCUGCUGCCCGGAGAGCUGGCUAAACACGCCGUGUCUGAGGGCACCAAGGCCGUGACCAAGUACACGAGCUCCAAGUAAACUCUGCUGCUGACAUACCAACAACACAAAGGCUCUUUUAAGAGCCACCCAACCCAUCCAAAGAGCUCAUCCUGUUAUACUCCAGAACUACUCUACCAGAAAUCUAAAUAACUUAAAUGUUAUUUAGACAUAAUGUUUUGUAAAGCAAGAUAAACCAUGAUUGAAUAUUGUUCAUUCUUCACUAUACGUGUUUAUACCACCUCACUGGUGUUUGUUUUUCCAAGAUGAAAAUACAUACAUUUCACAAUA